UCGCCGUCUAUUCCUGACCCUCCAACCGAUGGAGAUACAACCCGUGUUCUAUCCAUAAUACCCCACAUAGUUCUCAGUGACGCGAGAAUACCCGGCGCACCUUGCUUUCUCUACCUGCCUCACGGCAAACAUGAUAUGGUAUACAUCGACAAUCUCGCUAAAGUCAGGGAGCUAUCAACGUGGCGAGUGUGGGACGAACCUACACCGCCCGACAACCGAGAUGCCAUCGGUUUCGGGCUUGUCGAGGGAAAAGGCAUAGGCAUGAUCGCUCGCCGGAAGAUCCUUGCUGGGGAACUCAUCAUCGCCGAGCGGCCCGUCUAUGCACAACGGAAGACGCUUCCGCAGUGCAAUGCCGAGAACGCUGUGAACGGUAUUUUCCAUCUCUCCGCCGUAAAGGACCUCAAUCCGACCUCACGAGAGGCCAUCUCUUCAUUGAAGAAUUCGAAAUCGGGUUGUCAUCCCCUUACUGGUAUCCUCCAAACGAACUUCCUCAUGCUUGAUAUCACCGAGGAACCAGACCCGGAUCCCGCGAACCAGUUCGUCGGUAUCUUUCCCUUACUUUCGCGUGCGAACCACGAUUGCACCCCCAACACGCACUAUUUCUUCAAUUUCUCAUCCUUCACUGGAGAGUUUCGUCCCACGAGGGAUAUUCCGGAGGGAGCAGAGGUCACGAUCUCGUACACGCAUGUCUUGGCUCCCAGGUCUGCUCGACAAGCUCAUCUGCGGAGUUGUUAUUCUUUCAUUUGUUCAUGUGCGGUGUGCGGUCUCGACGCGAAGAAAGCUGAGGCCUCUGAUGAGCGGCGGGCGAGGAUCCAUCAGUUGGUGGAGGAACUCACGCCCGGGAGCUCUGUGCAGAGGAAACCUUCGUACGAUAAGAUCAAGGACUGUUUGAAGAUGGUGGAGAAGGAGCGCCUAGAUGUCUAUCGUGCACAGAUCCUCUUCUACGGCGGGACAUUGUUACUGCAGCAAGGCGAUGUCACUCACUUUUUGCAAUGGAUGAGAAGAGCGGAGGAGGAGUAUCUUCGGAUUGAGGGUGAGGCGUCGCCGGCGUACAAGGCCGUUAUGACAACGUGA